AUGGCACUCAAUGUAGUAGACUCAGCAUUGACAAAGUUUAUUGCCGCGACUGAUCGUAUCAGUCACUUUGCGGCGCGAGUCAACAAUCCUUCUACUGACAGCCCAUCCCUGUACACGUGCCAGGUCCGAAGGGACCAGAUGCGUGCCUUGUGGGAAAAAGUCGAGAAGGAGUACGAGGCUUACUCCUGCUGUUCAGUGCAGUUAAGUGAGCAGAUAGAUAAUGCAUCCCAGGCGCUCACUUCCCGUACACCCGUACAACCGCAAUCCGUGCAGUUCAUGUCCACAGGGUGUCGCUUACCUCCGUGCGACACCGAAGUUUUCGGAGGCGAUUACACUCGCUGGCCCACCUUCCGGGACUUAUUCACGGCUAUUUACAUCCAAAACCCAAGACUGUCGGAAGUUGAGAAACUUUUCCAUCUCAACUCCAAGACCAGCAGUGAAGCCCAUGCCAUUGUGUCAAAGUCUCCUUUGACCAAUGAAAGGUUUCAGUCGGCGUGGUCCAGCUUGGCUGAGCGAUUCGAGAACAAACGGGUGCUCGUAAACAGUCAGCUGAGGAUCUUGUUCAAUUUGCCCACCAUUGGGCAAGAGUCGGGUGCAGCCAUUCAGGAGUUGCAGAGCGCCAUUCAAGGGUGCCUGACGGCCUUAGAGCACACAAAGAUCAACACAGAGAAUUGGGAUUGCAUCCUGGUUUUCUUGUGUUCUUCGAGGCACCCCAAGUUGACCCUUUCUCUUUGGGAACAGUCGAUACAGAAUAAGAGCGACAUUCCAACGUGA